GGCCGGAGUCUGAGGAAGAGGAAGGGGACGAGGACAACGAGCGACGGGCGGUGGAGGACGCGGAGGAGGAAGGGGAGGCCGACCAACAAGAUGGCCCCUGCUGCAGGAGCAGCCUCAGCAGCAGCAGGUGGGGGGCUGGAGGCGGCGCUGGCGGUGGCGGCCACGGCCGUGCUCCCGCGGCCUGGGACAGAGGCAGAGUCGAUGGUGGCAGCGGUGGCGGCGGCGGCUGCCGCGACGGUGACGACGGCCGUGGGGACUCGGAGCUGAGAGGAGCUGCUGCUCGGACCAGCGCGGUUAUAUUUCACACUAUGUGCUGACUGUAUCUACAGAAGAUAUUUAAAAAAAAAAAAAGAUAAACUUUUUCCAAGAUUUUGAUUCCAGUGGAAUCUUUGCUUUAGAUUGUGUGUGUGUGUGUGUGUGUGUGUGUGUGUGUGUGUGUGUGUGUGUGUGUUAGUGAGUUGUAACUCCAGAAGCAAUGCCUGUACAAGCUCCACAAUGGACGGAUUUCCUUUCCUGCCCAAUUUGCACUCAGACUUUCGACGAAACAAUUCGAAAGCCCAUCAGUUUGGGCUGUGGCCAUACUGUCUGCAAAAUGUGCCUGAAUAAACUCCACCGUAAGGCUUGCCCAUUUGACCAGACCACUAUCAAUACAGACAUUGAGCUCCUUCCUGUGAACUCAGCAUUACUGCAGCUAGUGGGUGCUCAGAUCCCUGAGCAGCAGCCCAUUACUUUGUGUAGUGGGGUUGAAGAUACAAAGCAUUAUGAGGAAGCCAAGAAAUGUGUAGAAGAAUUAGCACUGUACCUGAAACCACUCAGCAGUGCUAGAGGAGUGGGUCUGAAUAGCACUACUCAGAGUGUUCUGAGUCGCCCAAUGCAGAGGAAGCUUGUGACUCUAGUCCACUGCCAGCUAGUGGAAGAAGAAGGCAGGAUCCGUGCUAUGAGGGCUGCUCGAUCUUUAGGGGAACGCACAGUUACAGAGCUCAUUCUCCAGCACCAAAAUCCUCAGCAACUCUCCUCUAAUCUCUGGGCAGCAGUCAGAGCUAGGGGCUGUCAAUUCCUUGGACCAGCAAUGCAGGAGGAAGCUCUGAAGCUUGUCUUGCUGGCCUUGGAGGAUGGUUCUGCGUUGUCACGGAAAGUGUUGGUUCUGUUUGUGGUGCAAAGACUGGAGCCACGUUUUCCUCAAGCCUCUAAAACUAGCAUUGGGCACGUUGUUCAGCUCCUUUACAGAGCCUCCUGCUUCAAGGUCACCAAACGUGAUGAAGACUCUUCUUUGAUGCAGCUAAAAGAAGAAUUUAGGACUUACGAAGCUCUGCGACGAGAGCAUGACUCCCAGAUAGUGCAAAUUGCUAUGGAAGCAGGCUUAAGGAUUGCACCAGACCAAUGGUCCUCUUUGCUUUAUGGAGACCAGUCUCAUAAAUCUCAUAUGCAGUCCAUUAUUGACAAGUUGCAGACCCCUGCCUCUUUUGCACAGAGUGUUCAGGAGCUAACAAUUGCUCUCCAGCGGACUGGAGACCCGGCAAACUUGAACCGACUAAGACCCCACUUGGAGUUACUAGCAAACAUUGACCCUAGUCCAGAUGCUCCUCCUCCAACAUGGGAACAGCUAGAAAAUGGCCUGGUUGCUGUACGUACAGUAGUACAUGGACUGGUUGAUUAUAUUCAGAACCACAGCAAAAAAGGAGCAGACCAACAACAGCCUCCACAGCAUAGCAAAUACAAAACAUACAUGUGUCGAGAUAUGAAGCAGAGAGGAGGAUGCCCUCGUGGGGCCAGCUGUACGUUUGCACACUCACAAGAAGAACUGGAAAAAUUUCGUAAAAUGAACAAACGUCUGGUUCCCAGAAGACCCCUGAGUGCCUCUUUGGGUCAACUUAAUGAGGUGGGCCUGCCUUCGGCACCUAUACUUCCUGAUGAAGGUGCAGUGGAUUUGUCCAGCAGGAAACCAUCUGCACUACCAAAUGGAAUUGUAUCGGCAGGGAGCACGGUGACACAACUGAUUCCCCGUGGGACAGACCCCAGCUUUGACUCUAGUCUGAAGCCAGGAAAGCUAGACCACCUGAGCAGCAGUGCUCCUGGGUCUCCUCCCGACCUGCUGGAAUCUGCCCCUAAAAGUAUUUCUGCCUUACCUGUGAAUUCACAUCCUGUACCUCAAAGGGGACCAACAGAUCUGCCUCCCAUGCCUGUCACCAAACCAAUUCAGAUGGUACCUCGAGGUUCUCAGUUAUAUCCAACACCACAAGCAGAUGUUUAUUAUCAGGACCCUCGAGGAACUGCCCCAGCAUUUGAGCCAGCACCUUAUCAGCAGGGUAUGUACUAUACUCCACCACCAUGUGUGUCCCGCUUUGUUCGACCUCCACCAUCUGCUCCUGAACCUGGUCCUCCAUACUUGGAUCAUUAUCCACCCUACCUCCAAGAUCGUGUUAUAAACUCUCAGUAUGGCACACAGCCACAACAAUACCCACCUAUGUACCCACCUCACUAUGAUGGCCGCCGUGUGUACCCUGCUCCGUCUUAUACAAGAGAGGAGAUUUUCCGGGAAAGCCCUAUACCUAUUGAGAUUCCAUCUGCAGCAGUACCAUCCUACAUGCCUGAGUCCAGAGAACGAUACCAACAGGUAGAGGGUUACUAUCCAGUGGCUCCUCAUCCAGCUCAGAUCAGACCUUCAUACCCUAGGGAGCCUCCUUAUAGUCGGCUUCCCCCUCCCCAACCUCAUCCUAGCUUGGAUGAGCUACAUCGCAGACGGAAGGAAAUAAUGGCCCAGCUCGAGGAAAGAAAGGUUAUCUCUCCACCUCCUUUUGCGCCUUCACCAACAUUGCCUCCUGCAUUCCAUCAAGAAGAAUUUUUGGAUGAAGAAUUCAAGGUAGCUGGGAAAUACAAAGCAAAUGAUUAUAGCCAAUAUUCUCCUUGGUCAUGUGAUACCAUCGGCUCCUACAUUGGAACCAAAGAUGCAAAACCCAAAGAUGUGGCAGCAGGGAGUGUGGAAAUGAUGAAUGUAGAAAGUAAAGGAAUGAGAGACCAGAGAUUGGAUCUUCAGAGAAGAGCAGUGGAAACUAGUGAUGAUGACCUCAUCCCAUUUGGAGACCGACCAACAGUAUCUCGGUUUGGUGCCAUCUCGCGAACAUCCAAAACACUGUAUCAGGGUGCUGGCCCAAUGCAGGCCAUGGCACCUCAGGGGGCACCCACAAAACCUAUUAGCAUUUCAGAUUACAGUCCAUAUGGAGCUCAUGGUGGCUGGGGAGAUUCUCCAUACUCACCUCAUCCAAACAUACCUCCUCAGGGACACUUCAUCGAGAGGGAGAAAAUGCCCCUGGCAGAAGUGGCCAGUCAUGGGAAACCCCUUCUGUCUGCUGAACGGGAACAGCUACGGCUGGAGCUGCAGCAGCUGAACCAUCAGAUCAGCCAGCAGACCCAGCUCCGUGGGCUGGAGGCUAUUAAUAACCGACUGGUGUUACAGAGGGAGGUGAACACCCUGGCAGGCCAGCCACAGCCCCCUCCACUGCCUCCAAAAUGGCCUGGAAUGAUCUCAAGUGAGCAGUUAAGCUUGGAACUACAUCAGGUGGAGAGGGAAAUUGGCAAGAGAACCCGGGAACUGAGUAUGGAGAGCCAGUGCUCUUUGGACCUGAAAAGCAAACUGGGUACAAGUAAGCAAGCAGAGAAUGGACAGCCAGAGCCACACAACAAAGUCCCAGCUGAAGACCUUACGUUGACAUUCAGUGAUGUACCGAAUGGAUCGGCUUUGACACAAGAGAAUCUCAGCCUCCUAUCAAACCAGACCAGCUCUUUGAACCUAUCAGAAGACCCUGAGGGAGGAGGCCAUAACAACGAUUCCCAGAGAUCAGGAGUUACUUCCAGUUCUGCUCCCUAGAACAUGGGUGCCCUUCUUCUACCUUCUGCUCCUCAUCAGCUCGUGGGACAUAGGGAUAGAAGAAUGGACAACUUCUAACUUCUUCUCUGGGUGGUCAGUGAGAUCCAGGAAGAGCACCGGAGGCAAUGUGCACAACACCACUACUAAACAAACCCUGCACAUAGUUCACAUUAAUGCAUUUUUUUUAAUUUAAAGAAAAAGAAAAUUAGCAGUAUCUGCAAGCAAUUCAGAUUAAAUUUGUUUUUGUUCUGUGAAUGAACUUUAUUUUAAUAACUUUGGA